ACAAGGGUAAACAUACAACUGCAACCAUGUCUGAAGGGGGUGCGAAACCAAAGCCAAAGAUCAGUGCAUCUCGCAGACUGUUCUUGAAGACCAAGCUGCUAAAGAAGGCCAUGACUUUGCUGGAAAACGACAUACAAAUGAAGAAAGAGGAACGAGAGAGAGUCCUCUCUGAGAGAGUCCCACAACUGCAGCUGUCCGGCCUGUCUCUGCAGGAUCUACAGAAUUUUUGUAAAGAGCUGCACCAGAAGACUGAUGUGGUUGAUGAAGAGCGGUACGACGUUAAUUCUAAAGUGUCGAAAUGUAGUAUUGAGAUACAGGACCUGUCUCAGAAGAUCUUUGAGUUGAAGGGCAAGAUGAAGAGGCCGGCCCUGAAGAGGGUGAGGGUCUCAGCUGACGCCAUGCUGGGGGCUCUGCUGGGCGCUAGGGUCAAAGAGUCCGUGGACUUCAAGGCCGCCCUGAAGACUGUGAAGAAAGAGGAGGAGAAGAAAGAGGAGGUGACUGACUGGCGUAAGAACGUGGACGCCAUGUCUGGUAUGGACGGCAGGAAGAAGAUGUUUAACGCCGGGCAGUAGAUUCUGUGGCGAAUUUCUUUAUGAAAAUGUUUGCUGCUCUAAAAUGGAUGGAGCCCUGUGACUAUCGUUUACUUUAUAACGACAGUGAAUUACGUACAUUAAAGAUCAGGUUGACAAGUAGGUUUUGGCACAGGCCAUGAACAUAUCAUAACUUUUGGCUGUUCAGUUCUCCUGUAGUGAUGUGACUGGCUUGUUUAUUGACCUCUGUUAUAUUCAACAAUAAACAGGCCUAAAUAGUCUGCUAAAUAAUAUGUGUCUUUUAAAUCAUGGCUUUAGAUGACAACAUAAACACAUUUGCUUGAAUUUAAUGAUGGGGGCAGUUUUUGGUUCAUGGAGUUAGAUAAAGUAAGCAUCGUGGGAAAUGAAUAUGGCAUUAAACUAAGACAUAUUGAAGAGAAGACAUGUGAAUUGUAUAUCAAGUAAUAAAAUCUAA